CUCUCUUUGCAGAAGGCCCAUACCAAUAGCUUCUCUUUAUGGAUAACACCAGCAACAACAGUAGUAGCUCUUGGGAUCUUGAGAUGAGCAUGGGGAAUCAGUUUCUUUCGGAUCACAUCCCCUCCGAGUUGUUUCAGCCCACAGACCCAUUCCUUGCGCAUGUCCAUUCGCCGACCUUCCCAGGCACCCACAUGAGCGCACAGAGAGAGGUGGAAGGAGAAGAGGCGGAGGAAGAAGCUUUAGGGGCCAUGAAGGAGAUGAUGUACAGGAUGGCGGCCAUGCAGCCGGUGGACAUCGACCCCUCCACCAUCAAGAAGCCUCGGCGGCGCAACGUGCGGAUCAGCGACGACCCGCAGAGCGUAGCGGCGCGGCACCGGCGGGAGCGCAUCAGCGAGCGGAUCCGCAUCCUGCAGCGCCUCGUCCCCGGCGGCACCAAGAUGGACACCGCCUCCAUGCUCGACGAGGCCAUCCGCUACGUCAAGUUCCUCAAGAGACAGGUGCAGGAGCUGCAGCCCACCCCAGCCCAGCCACAAGCUGCAGCACCCGCCGCCGCCGCCGCCUCCUCCUCCUCCUCUUCCUCCUCCGCCAUGGCAGCUCCUCCCGCAUUAGGGUUUGGCCUCGAGCCAAUGCACUGAGCUUCAACAGGUGAUUCAUAGCUAAGCAUAGCGCAUAAAUAUCCCAUUUGAUGGUGUAGCUAAAAGGAUCUAAAGCAUAACACAUAAGUGUCGUCGGUGUACAUACAACCCCCCUACUAUUUGGCUAAUCGAUCAUAUCAUGUGUGUUGAUCAUACGAUAGAUAC